AUGACUGCGAAGACUCAUGCUGCGGUGUGUAAUCAGGAGAAAAGGUUGCCCAUUCGCCUCGCCUCGCCCUGUCCCAAACCCACUGCUAGCCGUUCCCGCCCUCUCUCGAGCUUGGUGGUGGCGGGUGAGGCUUGGGCGUCUGAGCAGCAAGGGCUCCCCGCGAACUCGGUGACGAAGAAUAAUCCAGAAGGUUCUCUUGCAAGUUUUUCCACGGGAUAUAUUGAUGCGUCACCUGGAGACAUAGUGAUCGAAACCAUUAUUGGCGAUCGGCACAAUCACGACAUCUCGACACGCCUAAAUUUCAAGACUACCACUACCGUGAGGGCCCCGUACCACCCACAAGUACUCCUGAAGGCGCCAAAUUCGACUGACCCGGCUCCCGCAGCCACAUCAAGAUCAUCCCAUGGAAUGUUGGACGAGAAAGGGUCAUCCAUUCGGGUCCCGAGCCCCUCCACUCCCCUCCCCCUCGGUAUGCGCAGCCUUUCCGGCAUCCGUGGCACCCGUCAGAGCUGUUACUCAGCGUCGCGCCCGAGUGGGCAUGACACCCUCAAUUGGCUGUUCGAGUCGGGUGUCCCGGUUGAUUUGCAUCUCGAAACGGCGGCGAGGUUCACGGGCAUUCUGUAG